AUGCAGAUUAUUGAUGAUUCUUGUGGCAAUGGUGAAAACAGGCCGAGACAUGAGACUUUGACACUCUUACCAAAACCAAGGUGGUUAGCCUGUUUUAAAGUUUGUCAAGCAAGAAAUGAUGGGUUAUGGAACAACAAAAUCCCUUGUGCAGAGAUUUCCAUAUACAGUUCAUCUACGUUGUUCCAAUCUUGGAGAAAAACGGCUGAAACCCAUAAGAUGACACCUGAACAUGUUAAGGACGCAGGUGUCAAGGCGUCGCAGCGUCCCCCAGGACACGGCCGUAGUCCUGGGGAGGUGCUACACCAGUGUCGUCGUCUUCCAUUUAGUUAUACCACUAUGACUAUAGCAGGGUUUGCUAUUUAUGCUAUAAUUAGGUAUACUGUUUUAUACUCUAAGAAAAAGUCUGAGGCUAAUGCUUUGGAUGUUGCUAGGGUCGCCACCAACACGGCUUCUCCUCAAAACACCGAUAAUCGCCCUAGGAAAUAG